GGGGUAUUUUAUUUUUUUAAAGACUUGCUAAAAUAGUGAGCUUGCUGUUGUUUUGACUGGGGAAUAAACCUGCAGAAAACAGACCGCGACGUAAGGAAAAUACAUAACGAAUAGAUGGCAAAAAUACACUGCUAGCACAGACUCAUUGCGGGCAGGUUCUGGGCAGACUGCUAUGGGAAGAUAAAACAACAAACAGUCUUUCAGACGCCCCCCCCCCCCGUCCUAACAACAAAGCCACUUUUACAGCCCUCAAUAACCGGGAGUCACACCAUUGCAUUUGAUGUAAGAACCAGUUUGUUCUGCAUGACUGGGUGACGCCAGGCGCCCUCUCAUUACACACCAGCCUAAUACUAGGUUGGUUCCAACCGGCUACGCACUUCUCCAGGACUGCUGAACAACCACCGUGCUGCUUUUUUUUUUUAUUCUACACGUGUCGUCAGUAUGGCUCAACUGAAGUUAUCACUUUGCGUGUUGGUGUCUAUUUCUUUCGCCUCGGUUUUGACCACAGACAGCUCCAUUCAGUUUGCGUCCGAAAGUCUCAGUUCCUCUUCGUUUCGCUCGGUGUGUAAACCCAUCCCCAGCACACUUUCUCUGUGCCACGGCGUCGGUUACGGGGAUAUGCGGCUGCCCAACCUGCUGGGGCACGACUCAUUGAAAGAAGCCCAGCAACAGUCGGCCGCCUGGCUGCCGUUGGUCUCCAAACUCUGCCAUCGGGAUACCAAGAAGUUCUUGUGCUCGCUAUUCGCCCCGGUGUGCCUACCGGAGGGGCCCGUGCGCCCCUGCCGUGGGCUGUGCGAGGCUGUGAGGGACAGUUGUCUCCCUGUGAUGAGCGCGUUCGGGUUCCCGUGGCCCGACAUGUUCAACUGCACACAGUUCCCACGCGGGGUCCAUCUCUGUAUUCCCACCACGACCCAAGACACACAGCGUGCGCGGAAGGGAGAGGAAGCGGGUCACGAGGAGGCAUCAGAGGGAACAGUGAUCUGUGACUCAUGCAGUCUGGCGGCUGAGGGGGAGACAGACAUCCAGAACAACUUCUGCAAGAGUCCAUAUGCCUUUAAACUGCUUAUCGGGAGUGUGUCUGUGGAGGGGGGUGACUGCAGGUUAGUCCCUCUGGGCCGGAGUCGCAUCCUGAGGUGGGAGGGUGGAGGCACGGAGAGGGCUGAGGGCGUCCGGGGGGCAAUGGCCUACAGUGCCCUUUGGCUGCAGGAAGGGGGUACCUGCACCUGUCCUGCCCUGGAGGAGGCAAAUGGGGGAGAGGGGAAGGGGUCCGUGGCAGGGGUGUGGUACCUGGGCCUUGCUGACAUACAGGAGGGCAGGUUGAUCCUCUCUAGGCUUGUGAGAUGGAGGAAGGGGGACAAAGAACUCAAGAAGUUCAUCAGGAGACUGCUCAAACAACCCUGCUGAUGAUGUCAUCAAACAAGCAUAAAGAGACUUUCCAAUUUGGCCAAUUGGAUGUCAGCCUCUUGGCCUAGACCCUAUCCCUUCAAUAUCCCUUUCAUAUCCCUUCAAUAUCCCUUUCAUAUCCCUUUCAUAUCCCUUCAAUAUCCCUUUCAUAUCUCUUCAAUAUCCCUUUCAUAUCCCUUCAAUAUCUCUUCAAUAUCCCUUUCAUAUCCCUUCAAUAUCCCUUCAAUAUCCCUUUCAUAUCCCUUCAAUAUCCCUUUCAUAUCCCUUCAAUAUCCCUUUCAUAUCCCUUCAAUAUCCCUUUCAUAUCUCUUUCAUAUCCCUUCAAUAUCCCUUUCAUAUCCCUUCAAUAUCCCUUUCAUAUCCCUUCAAUAUCCCUUCAAUAUCCCUUUCAUAUCCCUUCAAUAUCCCUUCAAUAUCCCUUUCAUAUCCCUUCAAUAUCCCUUUCAUAUCCCUUUCAUAUCCCUUCAAUAUCCCUUUCAUAUCCCUUCAAUAUCCCUUUCAUAUCUCUUCAAUAUCUCUUCAAUAUCCCUUUCUUAUCCCCUUCAAUAUCCCUUUCAUAUUCAUAACAUCUAGCUCUGGAGAAGUUGUGCCUUCAUCAUAGGGCUCCAGAGUGACUCAGGGGUUUAAGACACUGCAUCUCAGUGCAAGAGGUGUCACUACAUUCCCUGGUUCGAAUCCAGGAAGAAUCACAUCCGGCUGUGAUUGGGAGUCUCAUAGGGUGGCGCACAAUUGGUCCAGUGUUGUCCGGUUUUGGUCGUCAUUAUAAAUAAGAAUUUGUUCUUAACUGACUUUCCUAGAUAAAUAAAGGUUAUAAAAAUAAGAAUACUUAAGUAUCUACCCAGUCUGUUCAGAUCUACGAAGACCUGCUAGGCAGAAGAGAGACCAUCAGAGGACCAGUGUGUUUGUUUGGAUCUAUGUUCUGGGCACCUGUCACAUAUUAAUUAUGAAGUGUAUUAAAUUCUGAAUAUUAUUAUUAUUUUUUAAAUCAAAUGGGAGAACAUGAUUGUGAUUUGUGUGAGCCGAGUGAGGACACAGUUACCAGUGAGGCACAGAGCAGCAUUAGUUCCAUUCAAAGCAGAGUAUUAUUGGCUGAUAGUAACAGCAGAGACUGCCAGGUAACAGUGUGUAAUAAACAUUAUUUUGAGCUGUAAA